AUGGACGUGUGGGGCCCAGCCCGUGUCCGUGGCCAGGGUCACGAGCGCUACUUUCUGCUGGUCAUUGACGACUACUCGCGUUACACCACCGUCUUCCCCUUGUGCCGCAAGGGUGAGGUCACUGAGGUGCUGAUCGAUUGGAUCUGCGCUGCCCGUCGUCAGCUCAGCGAGAUUUUCGGCUCGGACCUUCCUGUUUUGCGUCUGCACUCCGACAGAGGUGGAGAGUUUUCCUCCGACCUUUUGCAAGCCUUCUGUCGUGCGGAGGGCAUCCGCCAGACGUUCACGCUUCCGACCUCUCCGCAGCAAAAUGGGAUUGCUGAGCGCCGCAUUGGCAUGGUCAUGGACGUAGCUCAUACGUCCAUGAUCCAUGCGGCUGCUCCCCAUUUUCUGUGGCCGUUCGCGGUUCAGUACGCUGCGCACCAGAUCAACCUUCAGCCUCGUGUCUCCUUGCCGGAGACCACACCUACUCUGCGGUGGACGGGGAAGGUUGGCGAUGCGUCUGCGUUCCGUGUUUGGGGAUCUCGGGCUUUCGUCUGCGACUCUUCUGCGGACAAGCUGUCCUCCCGUGCUAUUCCCUGCGUCUUCCUUGGCUUCCCCACUGACGCGCCAGAGUGGCAGUUUUACCAACCCACCUCGCGCUGUGUUCUGUCCUCUCAGGACAUCACGUUUGAGGAGUCGGUUCCUUGCUACCGUCUCUUCCCCUACCGCACUGCCCCCCUCCCCCCCCUGCCGCUCUUCCUCGCGCCAGGUCCUCCCCCGGUAAACCCCCUCCCCCCUCAGGGUCCUGCCCCCUCAGGUGUGUCGAAGGUAGACGCAGUCGAGCCUGUCGAGGUAGCUGUCGACUAUGGUGCUGCUAGGGGUGCUGAGCCUGCGGGUGCCGGGUCCGGGGGUGCUGAGCCUGAGCGUGCGGAGCCAGGGGGUGCUGAGUCUGGGGGUGCUGAGCCUGGGCGCGUGGAGGUCUUUCGGGUGCUUCGUCCCCGCGGGAGCCACUCUCUCCACAGCAGCUGCGCGAGUGGUUUGCUCGCCGCUAGAGCCGUACUGCUGGAGCUGGUGGUGCUACAGGCGCUGGAGGUCCUGCUGCUGCUGGAGCUACUAGUCCCGGAGGUGCUCGUAUUGGAGGUACUGGAGCUGCUGGGCCUGGUGGAGCUGCUGGAGCAGGUGCUGCUGGAGGUACUGGGGUUGGAGGUGCUGGCGCUGCUGGGACUUCUAGUGGUCCUGCUAGAGCUGGAGCUGCUAGAGGUGUUGGAGCUGGAGGGGCUGCAAGAGCCGGUGCUCCUGUGGGUGCUGGAUUUGGCGCUACUGGAGCAGCUGGAGGUGCUGCUGGAGCUGGUGGUGCUACUGGAGUUGGAGCUCCCGUUUGGGGUGCAAGUGCUGUCCCUGCUAGUUCUGGAGGCGCUGCGCGGCCGCGGCCGUACUACGUUCCGCUCCUUCAGCAGGUUCUUGUCUGACUCCGUUCGUGCUGCUAGUACUACUGUCACGCAUCUCCUGGCCACUGUUGUCAAUGACCCUUCCUUUGAGUCCACUGCUGCGUCUGCCUUAGUUGCUGAGCUUGUCGACUUUGCUGCUCACUGUCGUCUAGACUACGCCGCGAGUCUUGUUGCUGAGUCUAAGUCUGUCUGUCCUCCGUCCGUCGGGGACCUUCUCCCCGACAUCAAGGAUGAGCCUCUUCGGGUUCUGGUGCACGUCGCUACUCAGCGUGACUACGAGCUUCACUCUCUUGACUUCAACACUGCUUUCCUACAGGGCAGCCUGCACGAGGAGAUCUGGCUACGCCACCCACCUGGCUUCACCGGGCCGUUUCCUCCUGGUACCCAGUGGAGCCUUCGGCGGCAAGUCUACGGUCUCCACCAGGCGCCCCGUGAGUGGCACGACACACUGAGCACUACGCUUGCGGCUCUUGGGUUUGCUCCUUCUACUGCUGACCGGUCGCUGUUUCUACGCACCGACACUUCGCUGCCGCCGUUCUACAUCCUCGUGUAUGUUGAUGACUUGGUCUUUGCCACUGCUGACACUGAGGGACUCGCCCACGUGAAGUCGGAGCUGCAGAACAGACACGCGUGCACAGACCUGGGUGAACUUCGCAGCUAUCUUCGCUUGCACAUCACCCGGGAUAGAGCACGGCGCACCAUUACCUUUACUCAGUCACACAUGGUGCAGCAGGUUCUUCAGCGCUUCAACUUCACGUACUCCUCGCCUCAGGCCACUGUCUACUCGCCAUUCGCUCUCAGCUCUGCCUUCGGAUGA